AUGCAGCAAGCAGAAGGCCUUGCCGAACAUGCACAGCAGGAGUUUCUCGUCAGGAAUGCGGAGAAGAAGGCGGCAUGGGACUUGGUAGCGGCGAGGAAGGCAGAGCUUGAUCAGGCUGAGCUGAGCGGGGAUAGAAAGAGGAAAGGAGAGGCUAACAUGAAGCUCUUGUCUGCCAGGCUCGCUGUUGCCAGGCUCGAAGCAGACGAGAAGAAGAGAGUGGAAGCACGCAAGCAGGUCUGGCAGGAAGAACAUGAACUAGCUGGGCUCGAAAGAGACACUGUGAGGGAAGCAUUGGCACUUGUGAACGUGAGGAAGGCAGAGCUUGAACUAGCUGGGCUCGAAGAAGACCAGAAGAAGAAAGCGGAGGCUGAGUAUUGGUGCACGGAUGCAGAGCUCGAAUUGUCAGUUGCAACUGCGAAAGCAUCGCUGGCAAAGGCAGAACGGAAUGAUGUUGGUCGUUGCACCAGAGAAUACGAUAUUGCAUCUUAUGCAUUGAUUUCGCAUCGAUUCGAUGGGAGAGAAGGAAAGUUUCUUUCAGGUGAGAGUUUAUGCCAGCCCUGA